GAUGUCGCUGUCUACCAUGAAGUUAUAGCUAGCCACCAUUCAAAUUUCUUCUAUUACUGCAUCAUUCCCUGACUGUUGAAUGAUGGCGGACGCAGAAGAAUUGGAUUAAUAAAUUCCGGAACUUACAGUAUUUUAUCUUUAUGCGGAAGAUCUUCUAAUGGAAAUAAAACAAGAGGUAUUUGACAUGGUGUUUACCCUGGAAGACAGAUUGGGAAAGCAAUGUCUGCUCCUCCCGUUUCUGCUCCUCGCAGCCUGGAAGGUGGGGAGCGGCCAGCUCCACUACUCCGUCCCGGAGGAGGCCAAACACGGCACCUUCGUGGGCCGCAUCGCGCAGGAUCUGGGGCUGGAGCUGGCGGAGCUGGUGCCGCGCCUGUUCAGGAUGGCCUCCAAAAACCACGAGGACCUUCUGGAGGUAAAUCUGCAGAAUGGCAUUUUGUUUGUGAAUUCUCGGAUCGACCGCGAGGAGCUGUGCGGGAGGAGCGCAGAGUGCAGCAUCCACCUGGAGGUGAUCGUGGACAGGCCGCUGCAGGUUUUCCAUGUGGACGUAGAGGUGAGGGACAUUAACGACAACCCGCCCUUGUUCCCGGUAGAGGAACAAAGAGUGCUGAUUUACGAAUCUAGGCUGCCAGAUUCUGUGUUUCCACUGGAGGGCGCGUCAGAUGCAGAUGUGGGCUCAAAUUCCGUCUUAACCUAUAAACUCAGUUCUAGCGAAUACUUCGGGCUAGAUGUGAAAAUAAACAGUGAUGACAAUAAACAAAUUGGGCUCAUAUUAAGGAAAUCCUUGGACAGAGAGGACGCUCCUGCACACAACUUAUUCCUGACAGCCACAGAUGGCGGCAAACCUGAGCUCACAGGCACUGUUCACCUGCUGGUCACAGUGCUGGAUGUGAAUGAUAAUGCUCCCACUUUCGAACAGUCUGAAUACGAAGUAAGAAUAUUCGAAAACGCAGACAACGGAACAACAGUUAUCAGACUGAAUGCUUCUGAUCGGGAUGAAGGAGCGAAUGGGGCCAUUUCAUACUCUUUUAAUAGCCUUGUUGCAGCCAUGGUUAUUGACCACUUUAGCAUAGAUCGAAAUACAGGAGAAAUAGUGAUUCGGGGUAAUUUGGAUUUUGAACAAGUAAAUUUAUACAAAAUCCGCGUUGACGCAACGGACAAAGGUCAUCCUCCCAUGGCGGGUCAUUGCACCGUUUUAGUGAGAAUUUUGGAUAAAAAUGAUAACGUCCCUGAGAUAACAUUGACUUCCUUAUCCUUGCCUGUACGUGAAGACGCUCAAUUCGGUACUGUCAUCGCCCUAAUUAGCGUGAACGACCUUGACUCAGGUGUCAACGGGCAGGUAACCUGCUCCUUGACGCCCCAUGUCCCCUUCAAGCUGGUGUCCACUUUCAAGAAUUACUACUCGUUGGUACUGGACAGCGCCCUGGACCGCGAGAACGUGUCAGCCUAUGAGCUGGUGGUGACCGCGCGGGACAGGGGCUCGCCUUCGCUGUGGGCCACGGCCAGCGUGUCCGUGGAGGUGGCCGACGUGAACGACAACGCGCCGGCGUUCACGCAGUCCGAGUACACGGUGUUCGUGAAGGAGAACAACCCGCCGGGCUGCCACAUCUUCACUGUGUCUGCGGGGGACGCGGAUGCGCAGGAGAACGCGCUGGUGUCCUACUCGCUGGUGGAGCGACGGGUGGGCGAGCGCGCGCUGUCGAGCUACGUGUCAGUGCACGCGGAGAGCGGCAAGGUGUACGCGCUGCAGCCGCUGGACCAUGAGGAGCUAGAGCUGCUGCAGUUCCAGGUGAGCGCGCGCGACGCGGGCGUGCCGCCUCUGGGCAGCAAUGUGACGCUGCAGGUAUUCGUGCUGGACGAGAACGACAACGCGCCGGUGCUGCUGGCGCCUCGGGUGGGUGGCACUGGUGGUGCAGUGAGCGAGCUGUUGCCGCGGUCGGUGGGUGUGGGCCAAGUGGUGGCGAAAGUGCGCGCCGUGGACGCCGACUCGGGCUACAACGCGUGGCUUUCGUAUGAGCUGCAGCCAGUGGCAAGCAGCGCUCGCUUCCCGUUUCGCGUGGGGCUGUACACGGGCGAGAUCAGCACGACUCGUGUCCUGGACGAAGCAGACUCUCCGCGCCACCGGCUGCUGGUGCUGGUGAAAGACCACGGUGAGCCGGCGCUGACGGCCACGGCCACGGUGCUGGUGUCGCUGGUGGAGAAUGGCCAGGCUCCAAAAGCGUCAUCGCGGAUGUCGGUGGGCGCCGCGGGCCCAGAGGCGGCGCUGGUGAAUGUCAACGUGUACCUGAUCAUCGCCAUCUGUGCGGUAUCCACCCUGCUGGUCCUCACGCUACUGCUGUACGCCGCGCUGCGGUGCUCGGCGCCGCCCGCCGAGGGCGCGUGCACGGCGGGCAAGUCCACGCUGGUGUGCUCCAGCGCGGUGGGGAGCUGGUCAUACUCGCAGCAGAGGCGGCAGAGGGUGUGCUCUGGGGAGGGCCCACCCAAGAUGGAUCUCAUGGCCUUCAGCCCCAGCCUUUCACCUUGUCCUGUUAUGGGUAGGGCGGAGAAUCAGGCUUUAAAUGAAGAUCAUGAUGCCAAAUCUGAAAUGGUGUGCCGGAGUGGAUACGACCCAGGGCGCCGACAUCUACUGCUGUUUAUUACAAUUCUAGCUACUUGGGAGGCGGGGAGAGGCCAGCUCCACUACUCGGUCCCCGAGGAGGCUAAACACGGCACCUUCGUGGGCCGCAUCGCGCAGGACCUGGGGCUGGAGCUGGCGGAGCUGGUGCCGCGCCUGUUCCGGGCGGUGUGCAAAUUCCGUGGGGACCUUCUGGAGGUAAAUCUGCAGAAUGGCAUUUUGUUUGUGAAUUCUCGGAUCGACCGCGAGGAGCUGUGUGGGCGGAGCGCAGAGUGCAGCAUCCACCUGGAGGUGAUCGUGGACAGGCCGCUGCAGGUUUUCCAUGUGGACGUGGAGGUGAAGGACAUUAACGACAACCCUCCCGUGUUCUCAGCGACACAAAAGAACCUGUUCAUCGCGGAAUCCAGGCCGCUUGACUCUCGGUUUCCACUAGAGGGCGCGUCCGAUGCAGAUAUCGGGGAGAACGCCUUGCUCACUUACAGACUGAGCCCCAAUGAGUAUUUCUCCCUGGACGUGCCAACCAGCAACCAGCAGGUAAAACCUCUUGGGCUUGUAUUACGGAAACUUUUGGACAGAGAAGAAACUCCGGAGCUUCAUUUAUUGCUCACGGCCACCGAUGGGGGCAAACCUGAACUAACUGGCACCGUUCAGUUACUCAUCACAGUACUGGACGUCAAUGACAAUGCCCCAGUGUUCGACAGAACCCUCUAUACGGUGAAAUUACCAGAAAACGCUUCUAUCGGAACGCUGGUGAUUCACCCCAAUGCCUCAGAUUUAGACGAAGGCUUGAAUGGAGAUAUUAUUUACUCCUUCUCCAGUGACGUUUCUCCAGAUAUAAAAUCCAAGUUCCACGUGGACCCCGUAAGUGGGGCAAUCACAGUGAUAGGACAUAUGGAUUUUGAAGAAAGUAGAGCACACAAGAUCCCAGUAGAGGCUGUCGAUAAAGGCUUCCUACCACUGGCUGGUCAUUGUACAGUUCUUGUGGAAGUUGUGGAUGUAAAUGACAAUGCUCCACAGUUGACUCUCACUUCCCUGUCUCUCCCUAUUUCAGAGGAUGCCCAGCCAGGUACAGUCAUCACUUUGAUUAGCGUGUUUGACCGAGAUUUUGGAGUCAAUGGACAGGUUACCUGCUUCUUGACGCCCCACGUCCCCUUCAAGUUGGUGUCCACCUUCAAGAAUUACUAUUCAUUGGUGCUGGACAGCGUCCUGGACCGCGAGAGCGUGUCGGCCUAUGAGCUGGUGGUGACCGCGCGGGACGGGGGCUCGCCUUCUCUGUGGGCCACGGCCAGCGUGUCUGUGGAGGUGGCCGACGUGAACGACAACGCGCCGGCGUUCACGCAGUCCAAGUACACGGUGUUCGUGAAGGAGAACAACCCACCGGGCUGCCACAUCUUCACAGUGUCGGCAGGGGACGCGGACGCGCAGGAGAACGCGCUGGUGUCCUACUCGCUGGUGGAGCGGCGGGUGGGCGAGCGCGCGCUGUCGAGCUACGUGUCGGUGCACGCGGAGAGCGGCAAGGUGUACGCCCUGCAGCCGCUAGACCACGAGGAGCUGGAGCUGCUGCAGUUCCAGGUGAGCGCGCGCGACGCGGGCGUGCCGUCUCUGAGCAGCAACGCGACGCUGCAGGUGUUCGUGCUGGACGAGAACGACAAUGCGCCGGUGCUGCUGGCGCCUCGGGUGGGUGGCAUUGGUGGCGCUGUGAGCGAGCUUGUGCCGCGGUCUGUGGGCGCGGGCCAUGUUGUGGCGAAGGUACGUGCAGUUGACGCUGACUCAGGCUACAACGCGUGGCUUUCGUACGAAUUUCAACCUGUCGCCGCCAGUGCGCGCAUCCCGUUCCGCGUGGGGCUGUACACUGGCGAGAUCAGCACUACCCGAGCCCUAGAUGAGACGGACGCACCGCGCCACCGCCUUCUGGUGCUGGUGAAGGACCAUGGAGAGCCCUCGCUGACAGCCACAGCCACCGUGCUGGUGUCGCUGGUGGAAAGCGCCCAGGCGCCAAAGGCAUCGUCGCGGGCGUCGGUGGGCAUUGCAGGCCCAGAGGUGGCACUGAUGGAUGUCAACGUGUACCUGAUCAUCGCCAUCUGCUCCGUGUCCAGUCUGUUGGUGCUUACCCUGCUGCUGUACACGGCGUUGCGGUGCUCAGCGCCGUCCUCCGAGGCUGCAUGUGGUCUGGUAAAGCCCACUCUGGUGUGCUCCAGCGCGGUGGGGAGCUGGUCAUUCUCCCAGCAGAGGCGGCAGAGGGUGUGCUCUGGGGAGGGCCCACCCAAGACAGACCUCAUGGCCUUCAGUCCCAGCCUUCCUCAGGGUCCCUCCUCUUCAGACAAUCCACGACAGCCCAACCCUGACUGGCGUUACUCUGCUUCCCUGAGAGCAGGCAUGCACAGCUCUGUGCACCUAGAGGAGGCUGGCAUUCUACGAGCUGGUCCAGGAGGGCCUGAUCAGCAGUGGCCAACAGUAUCCAGUGCAACACCAGAACCAGAGGCAGGAGAAGUGUCCCCUCCAGUUGGUGCGGGUGUCAACAGCAACAGCUGGACCUUUAAAUACGGACCAGGCAACCCCAAACAAUCCGGUCCCGGUGAGUUGCCAGACAAAUUCAUUAUCCCAGGAUCUCCUGCAAUCAUCUCCAUCCGGCAGGAGCCUACUAACAACCAAAUUGACAAAAGUGACUUCAUAACCUUCGGCAAAAAGGAGGAGACCAAGAAAAAGAAGAAAAAGAAGAAGGGUAACAAGACCCAGGAGAAAAAAGAGAAAGGGAACAGCACGACUGACAACAGUGACCAGUGAGGUCCUCAAAUGGAAACAAGCCACUUAGCCAGUUUUUGUAAUAAUGGCAAAUCUCUCCCAUGUAGCAACUCCCUGCUCCUUUUUCCUAUCUAUGUGAGCCCUCUUAGAGACCUCAGAAAUCUGCAGAAAGUUCCCUGUGUCUGUCUAGAACGCAUUUAACAGGUUUUGUCGUAAAAGCUUUACUAAGUCUGGUGUUAACUCUUUCUCUCCACUCUGGCUUGUUUUCAGAACCUAAAAAGCAGACCCAAGUUUCCUUUCUCCUCCGCCGCAAAGGAGAGGCUUCCCAGCCCCGCCAGUGAGAGGUUGGACUCUCUGCCCUGUGCUCCGGGGAUCCUGUCUUGAUGACACUUGCAGGGCAGGCUGAAAAGUUUUGAGAUUGAGCAGCUUGGGUGUUUGUGGCCACUGGGUAUGUGUGGCCACCGCGGGUAUGCGAGUGCCAGACAUUGGCUGAGACGGGCCAGCUUAGACUAAUUGGUACAAGGAAGGCAAGAGAACAAAGACAAAUAAACAGCGGAAGUUAUCAGUGUGGAGGGGAAGUGUAAACUAAAAGGGACCAGACUUUCUAAAUCUUACAACUCAAGAGGUGGUGGCCACCCUCUAGGAGACAAAACUAACCCCACUGACAAGGCUUUAGGAGACCCUAAAGUCCAUUGGCUGUGAUGUCAUUAUCCUAAAAUCUGCAUCUUACCUGCGAGUCAACAGUUCAGUGUUUUAACAGAGAACCACCCUGGGAAACAGAAGCAGAUCUGAUGUGUUUCCUAUACAUGUCCUGUGCUCACUUUAUUAAAAAUUCUUUUGCACACAAUGUUUAUGAAAAGGUCAGAUCCUUUUCCAAUACUUAUGCAAAAGCAAAAGAAAACCCCAACACCUCACCUUUCGCUGUUUGUUGUUUCAUAGAUUUAUUUAAAAAAAGAGAAAGUCUAUAGCUAUAAAUCUUUAAAGAGAAAUAUGAAUACAGUUCCCCUAAACUUUCCUCAAAAGAGAAUUGAGUCUACAGCCAUUUAAAUGAUCAUUGCUGCUACAGAAGUGCUUUAAGAGAAUUGCCUGAAACAUCUGUAUUAUAUCGGCCACCUGCCAAUCACAGCUUUACUCUUUCAGGUCACUCUGGGGCUGCCUCUUGCAUGUAUUACUAAAUAAAAUGAUCUCUCUCUCUCUCUCUCUCUUUUCUAAGAAACAAUUAUGUGCACUUUGAUACACAACCUUCUCUAACCAACUAUAUCAAGACCCAAAAAUUGAAGAAAAAUAUUGUUUUCUCAUACAGUGAGCAGAUUUUUCAGUCUUCUAAUUCUGACUUGUCUUGGUGUGCUAGCCUACACCUUCUCUUUGGUUUAGUUUUCCUUUUCUAUAACACUCUGAAUUGCUAAUCUUACUAACACCUAUGAUGUUACCUGAAAUCAAUCUCCCAUAUGUAUGCUGUAUGCUAUGAUAAGACUCCUGAAAUAUACUUACUCUGUGCUUGUGUAUGUGAAUGUUAAUGCAACUAUUACCUAGAGUGAACUUUAAGCUUUAUUGUUGAAUGUAAUUCCAUUAUAUUUCCUUUUGUACACCUGUGAAAAAGUGGAGUAGUGUUUUUUUAACCAUUGUUAAUCAGCUUUUGUGUAUGAAAGACACAGUAAAAAUUUCUUUCUUAAAUCAAGAUACUGGUGAUUCAAGGAAUUUUAUUUAUGGUCCAACCAAGAGCCAUCUCUUGCCAAGACUUCUGCUGGCAAGGGAAUGGAUAAAGCUGUUUUGUUCUAGUAACAAUUUUGGAAUGAAUACUGACAAUAUUCCAUGAGGGUGUGCAAGCACAAAUUUUACCAAUCUGACCUCUUUGAAGUUGCAGAAUGCUUUGAAAUUCUAAUGGUAUCUGAAGUAUCAGCUCAUAGAAAGUAAUAAAAUUUGCUGUCACCUUAAAUAAGACAUUUUAAUUUUGUUAUAAUGUACAAUUUAGAAGUUUGAUUAAUUAUAUUAUCUAUUUAGGCAUUAAUAUAAAAGAAGUAGGAGUCUGUUAUUUAAAAAAAAAGCAUUAAAUUAAAAAAAAAAACUGUCUUGUCUACUUUUAGCUUCAUUCUCCCAUAUUUUGAAGGGUGUGUAACUUCAGCUCUGCAGGAUUGCAUGGGGUAAAACUUGUUGCCAACACAUGUGAACCAUUGCCACAUUGUAGGUUGUGAUCAUUUUGCCCCACUGAAGCCCAUGUAUCUGACCUUACGUGCCUUUUGAACUAGGAGAAUCGGGCUAAUUUGUUAAUGAUGAUAAUUAUAAUGUAUCUGUACAGCACUUUUUACAUUUGCGAAGUGCUUUCCAAUCCAUGUUAGUUACUAGUUAUUACAGCUGUAAGGAUAAAACACGUCAUGUGGAUUCAUUUUGAAUUGGUGCUAUUGGUAUUUCCUCUGUUAUUGCUAAUAAAUGAAAAUGGUGGUAUGAAA